CUAACAGCGUUUGUCGAGGCCGUGCAUGCCAUCCGUGUCGCUUCCGCCAUUGUACGAGCUACGGCGUUGGUAUCCCUCGGAACGUGCUUGUUAAUUGGAUGACCCUAAGAAGGAACGUGGCCACAAUAACUGCUGUUGUCGGUUGCUCCACAGAUUUGUCGAGAAAGAAACGUAGCAGGUGACCCAACCUCCACUAGACGGUGAGCUAUAAGGCCGACGCUGUUUAUACAGCAGAAGAGCAAUUAUCAACGCGUCGAUGCUGACUGCAGCGGUUACUGCGAAGAUAAUCUUGUGGCUGGCUUUUCCAAACGCCGUGUCCAGCAUCAACCGCGGCGGAGUCUACCAUGACCAUUUUCAACAUCAGAUGUCAUCAACGCCAUCAACUUCAACGUCAUAUCGGCACGCGCCAACGAACGAGAGAAUCGCCGCCCUUCAGCAGAGCACGAAACAGACAACUGGGCAAACACUACGCAUAACAACGACACACUUGGCUAGCAUUCGUGAUGCCAUGUCCACGGGCGUGCCGAUACCUCUGUUAUCCCAUUCACAUGCUCCGAUAGCAGAACAAUCGACGACACAAGCCUACAAGGCCUCUGAGUCACAUGAGAGCUACGUUACCGCUGCUGAUGUCUUCCUCCAUGGUACAGCAUUAUCUGAUACGACGUACUCACAGCCCAAUGUAGUUUCAGUCGGCCCACAGAAUGUACAUAAUGACGCGGUUCAAGAGAACGAACUCUCUGACAGUCUCAACGGUGACGUAUUCGACAGGAGCAGUGCUCUCGUAGACACGACGACGGACCAGACCACUAAAUCACAAAGCGAAUCUAGUCUCACGCAUGGUAGGACACGUCAGGUAGCGACGGCACAAAUAACGAUACCGGAAGAGGGGGGAAAUCAGGCGGGUUCGCGGUUCCCCAGUCAACGACAGCGUACCACACCGUCCCUCACACGAGAGUUCAUUCCUGAUGACACUGCUCCUGAAUACGACUCCUCAAAGCCCGACAUGACGUUAGUUAAUAUAGUUAAAAAGAUCGGCGACGCGCUGCCAACCGAAAAAUACACCGUGCCUGAAGAAACUGGCCCUCUUCAAACAGAAACUUUCUCUGCUGCUGCUGCUAUGGUGCAGUCUACAGAGAGCUUCCCAGAAACUACUCACGCGUCACGUGUCACACCUUCUACGACAACGCACCCAUCUGUCUUGGUACCAACCCCGCCAGAAUCCCGCCCCAUUAAAGUGCAGAAAAAGAGCGACACAAUCACAGCAAGGGUCAAGGAAUGGGUCACUACCCUGCCGCCAACAGUCUUUGAAGCUACGCAGCAGGAAGGAGGGAACACAUCGACUGUGCCAUCAUACGUCAUAGAAUUAUCUACUCAAGACCCUUUAUUUGUACAAGGAACAGAAACCUCUGUUGAGAGGGUAACCUUAAGGACCGAGACAGAUUUACCAUACGCUGAAGCAGCGCUGACUAAUUCCACAGACCUGACUAAUUCCACAGACUUACCAACAUGGACUACAACGGUUCCACCGACCACGUCCCAUACAUCGCCAACAUCGUUGGCAGGCAUAACCGCCACAGGAGUGGCAGCAGGAGUUCAUGACAUAGUAGUAAAAGUGGAUGAAGAACAACUUAAUUCUCGUGAACUCGAAGGCAAAGUGUCACCAAAGACAUCACGUCCUCAGGACAGAAUCAGGUUUAUCGGGUUACCUGGAGACAUGCCGGAACAGCCAUUCAUGCCCACUGAUAACCCAUUAAUACUGCAACCGGACCAAGGGGUCGUUACAGAGAUAGUUGACAAAGGUAAGCCCCAGAAGCCGCACUCAGGUGGCGCUAGUGGCACACACGGUGACAAAGAGCAGGUCCCGACAACAGUGGGAAACACGAUGGCCACCGAAACUUCUGAAGGCGUCAUCGAGGUCAGCCCAGUUCCAACGCUGACGACAGGCACAACAGGAACAAACAUUACGACGGGUGCAACUUCAACUGGUGUACAGUUUAGUGAAGUUGUUAGUGCGCCCACUCAAUUCACGACAACGUUUGAUUCUUCAACACAAACAGAACAUACAACAGAGGGCCAACGACAAGCUGACUGCCUGCGCCUUCAAACGGGUUGCCUGAGUCCCAUCACCGACGAGCCACCGUUCGAGGACACCGGCAACGUCACUUCUACAAGAGACGCAACCAUACAACCCGAAGGCUUUCCAGACGUCUCGUUCUGUAUCACCAUCACUCUCAGCGGCACCUGGGACAGGUUCUGCAGCGAAAUAGAAGAAUUCCGUCGUUCAAUUGCAGAGGUUCUCUCACUCGAACUCCGUCCAGACAUCAGCCCGAGGCAAAUAGUCAUCGAGGACAACUGCUCUCAGAACCGCACGAGUCACGGCGGUGUGGUUGUUCGAAUGCAUCUGACUGAUCCCGAGGAGCGUUAUUCGCAGAAGUUGACUGCGUUAGCAGCUGUCAUCCUGCACCACAACGACAGACAGCAUAUUAAUCUACAGUUUCUCCCACAGAUGAUGAACGUCUGCUUCUACAGCAGCAAGUCUGUUACGUCGACAACCCUGCCAAAGAAGCCGCUGCACAGUAUGGGUUCGACUGGUGUCAUAGCGUCCAUAACCAUAUCAGCCAUUGCGGGAACAAGCCUCUUUCUCAUAUCCGUGCUGUUGCUGGUAAUGAGGCAGAGAAUUCAAAACACACGAGGAGCUUCGGCCACUGCGGACGGUCUAAGCCUAGCAUCGUUCAAGUCCAGUUUCCGCAAGAAGAAAAUAAGGCAGUCACUGCGUUCCUUCCUGAACGAAGCGUUCGAUGACAACGAAGAUUUCAGUAAGCCCGUGCCUUUCAACAGCCUUCCAGCUGCCCUGUCUAAUAAGGACGCCCUGGAGGAAGAAUUUAAACGAAUACCGAUGAACAUGGCCAGGGUGGACGACAUGCCACCAGGCGUGGAACGCAAGAAUCGCUACGCGAACGUCAUCCCGCUUUCAGAGACCAAAGUCCUUCUAAGCAGCCGGCCGGAGGACGAUACGUCGGAUUACAUCAAUGCUAACUUCGUUCGGGGUUACAAGGGCAGACCUCAGCGUUACAUCGCAUGCCAGGCGCCUUUGCCGGAGACGACCGAAGAUUUCUGGCGAAUGAUAUGGGAACAACAGUGCAAAGUCAUCCUUAUGCUAACGGCGUGUGAAGAGAACGGGGUGCAACGCUGCGCUCCUUAUUUUCCUGUCAAUACUCUGGACUGUCACAAGCUCUACGGGGACUACCAAGUCACCUUACAGUCAAAGGACGUUAGACCGAGUUUUACCUUCUCAACGUUUAAGCUGCACCAUUUAGACAAAAACCUGUGCCGUGAAGUGUAUCAUUGCUGGUACACCGCCUGGCCGCCUCAAGGGGUGCCUGAAGACGUAUCCAGCAUCGUCACUUUUCUGUUGGAAGCCAGGCAGUACACUAGCAGGAGUUCAGCGCCCAUCGUCGUACACUGCAGUCCGGGGACAGGUCGCACUGGUGCGGUACUCGCAAUCGACAUAUGCAUGCAAGAACUAGCGGACAAGCAACGAGUUGACGUUCCCAGAACAGUCUUCAGACUUCGUCAAGACAGAGGUGGCGCGGUGCAGACCAAGGAUCAGUAUGCCUUUAUAUACGAGGCAUUAUAUGACUGUAGUGCGAGGCUUGCAGCCCAGUCCCAAAGGCCUUCAAUAGUUUCCGCAACCUGACGACAAGAAAGACGUUAACGACCUACCACUAACGAGUGUGUAGAAUCUCUACUGGACACACGCAAUGCGCGAAAAUGUCUUAUCGCUCUGGUGCAGAGCAAGUUAUUGUUGACUUUGCUUUGGGUUGCCCAAAGCAAUCGUUAACUGAACGCGGUGCCACCUCAAAAGGUGACGUUAGGACCUUCCGCAGGGCUCGCCAAGAAGCCAACAAUCUGCCGAGUCAAACCUGCAUCAGAUAACUGACUGUGAUGAUACCAAGACGAAGUGUUGUAUAUUGUCGUGCUCAUACAUAAAAUGUUGCUUACUAAUUCGCGUUUAGUGUAUAUAACGUAAAUUAAUGUUUAACUUAUGCCGACGUGGAAUGGAGUGUUGUAUAUGAAGAGCAAUAAACCGUUUUAUGGAA